AAAGGCGUUUGACAAUGAUGUAAACCUGUCAGUUUACAGACAAGUCUGCUCAGAUUUAGUAGUUGUAGCUAGCUACCUAUGCAAUUUAUUAACAUAUCUAACCAAGAUAUCUAUCUUCAACAUCGAGUUCUAGAGAUUACUAGUUUUCCAUUCUUCUUACUGCUCUCUAGUAGUUAGACAAACGAGGGGUGGAAGGCAGCUCCUUUCUAUAUUUCCUAUAGUUAACCUUUAUUAUUAUUAUACCCCCUUGGAGAAGCUAUUCUGUUAUUCCAUGCAUCAUAGAACUUUCCCAUCACUAUAAUAGGUAUCACUAUAAUAGGUAUCACACGUCAUGGCUUCCGAACAGCAACAACACUUCCCAGGUGGCCACUACUCAGGACUUAACAGAGUCCCCAACAUAAAAGAAUUCGUCGCUUCUCUCGACAAGGACAAGAAGGACCGAGAUGCAAAGAUCGACUCCCAACAUAAAACGAACGGAAAGAAUGGAGAUAUUCUGGAACACGAGAACGAUGUUGGACAGUAUAGGGGCAAGGGCAGAGUGGUUACAGAUCCCGUCACGGGCAACAAAGUCACUAUCGACGACGUCAAUUCUAAUUUCAUGAAGGCCGUACAUGAUCCUCACCUGUCAGUACCAAAUGCAAAUCUAGGGAAGGAUACGACGGUAAAGACAGAUCCGACACAAUCAGGAGAGGAAUACAGGAAAGCCCAGGAUAUAACGGCACCUCCAGACCCGGUAGCCACAGGAGCUACUUCAGAUGUGCCCAUCCACGGUGAGAAGACGAAUAUACUCUUCCACCCGACGCCGUCGGUAAGCUAUGAGCCAAUGUACGCCAUUAUCGAGCAGCGAGCAACAGUGUUAUGCAUCGGUGUCUUCCUCGGCAUCAUUUUCGUGGGCAAGUUCUUUGGAGGCAGACUACUAGGUCUAAUUCCCUUGGCCAUUUUUGUGGCUUCUGGUAUUUUCCUAUGGAUGAAGGAUUUGGUUAGGCGAGGCCGGGACAUCGAAUGGUCGAGCGAGCAGAAACGCGGCGAGACAGCUGUUGCUAACUUGAUUCCCGAGUCUGUUGAGUGGAUGAACACACUCCUCGGCAUCGUCUGGGGUCUCAUUAACCCCGAUAUGUUCUCCGCAGUAGCCGACACCCUCGAAGAUGUUAUGCAAGCUUCCGUGCCAGGAAUCAUCGAGAACGUCAAGGUGGCCGAUAUCAACCAGGGCAACAACCCGAUCCGGAUCCUUAGUCUGCGAGCUCUACCCGACAGCCACAUGAAGGAGAUCAAGGACGAGAUGCACAAGGAGAACGAAAAGGUCAAGGAUCCAGAGGAACUCGCGGCCGAUGAAGAGGGAGGCGACUAUUACAACUUGGAAGCCUCCUUUGCUUACCAUGCGAAGCCCACGAGUGGCACUGUUUCGGCAAAGGCUCAGAACAUGGGUAUGCAGUUGGUAUUUUAUCUUGGUAUCAAGGGGCUAUUCGGCAUUCCCUUACCGAUUUGGGUUGAAUUGACCGGAUUGGUGGGAACUGUGCGACUAAGACUCCAGAUGGCCCCCGAGCCGCCAUUCCUAAAAGCAGUUACUAUGACGCUCAUGGGUGUCCCCAAGGUCGAAGCCGGUUGCACUCCCAUGAUGGAACGCGGAGUCAACAUUCUCAACCUACCGGUGAUCUCCAACUUCGUUAACUGGGCCAUCAAAGCUGCUGCUAGCAUGUAUGUCGCGCCGAAGUCCCUGACGCUCGAUCUUGGCAAGAUGCUAUCUGGAGACGACAUCCAGAAGGAAACCCAGGCUUUGGGUAUACUAUUCAUUCGCAUCCACAAAGCCGUUGGGCUAUCGAAGCAAGACCGCCGAGGCUCCGAGGGUGGUGGCUCUGACCCCUAUAUUACCGUCAGCUUCUCCAAGUUCGGCAAGCCUAUGUAUUGCACUCGCGUCAUUCAAGACGAUCUCAACCCCGUGUUCGAAGAGAGUUGCGCUCUUGCCGUAACCCCUGACCUCAUCAAGGCGGAUGAGCAGCUAUCCAUGGAGCUUUGGGACAGUGACCGCUCGAGCGCCGAUGAUGUCGUCGGCAAGGUCGAGCUUUCGCUGCAGAAGCUAAUCCAGCACCCCGGCAAGAUGUACCAGCAAGUAUCUAGGCUGCGCGGCGUUAAGGCCGACAGCAGCAUGCCGGGGGAGCUACACUGGGAAGUGGGCUACUUUACCAAGACGCAAUUCCGCGCCGGUCUGCGAACGGACGGCAAGGACGUCACCCUACCGAAGGAGAUCCGAGACGACAAGGAGUUACAAGACGACAAGGGCGCCAUCCAGAACAACGAGGAAGAUGCUGUUGUGCAUACACCUCCGGAUCCUCUUUGGCCCUCUGGUGUUCUCGGCGUUGUCGUCCACCAAAUCGUUAACCUCGAGCUAGCCAAUGUGAAAGGCUCAGAAGGCGGAAAGAGAAAGGGAGGGAGAGAGUACGAGCCCGCUCGUGAUGCUGGUGAGAUUAAGGAGGAAUCCAGCAAGAAGCUGCCAAGUGCUUACUGUACUAUCUUGCUCAAUGAUGAACUGGUCUACAAGACUCGCACGAAGGUGGUCUCCUCGAAGCCCAUCUUCAACGCCGGUACCGAGCGAUUUGUUCGCGAUUGGAGGUCUGCUAUUCUUACGGUUACGGUUCGUGAUUCGCGCAAUAGGCAGCACGAUCCUAUCAUUGGUGUCGUUCCUUUGAAGAUCUCUGACCUUAUGCAGACUAGUAGCCAGGUCACUCGAUGGUACCCAUUGGAUGGUGGAAUUGGCUUUGGCAGAAUCCGUAUCUCCCUACUAUUCCGAUCCGUCGAACUAAAGCUUCCACCUUCGCAACUCGGCUGGGACGUUGGCACAUUCGAGUUCACUUCGGACAAGAUCACCUCGACCUUUACAGGUUCGGGCAAGGGCAAGAUAAAGCUGAAGCUCAGGACAGGAGGUAGUUCUGCAACUGUCAAGCGCGAGCAAUGCUCUGCUGAAGGCGAUAUCGUAGACUGGAAUAUCAACGGCGUGACUAAUGACUCGCGCCCUCGUCUUCCUGUCCGAUACCGCUACCGAUCACCAGUAUUCUUCGAGUUCCACUUACCCGGGAAGCGACACCUGGAAUACUUCGCAGCGGUAUGGCUACCGGAGCUCGUCGACAACGAAGAUACGGACUUCGAUAUUCCCGUCUGGAGAUGCAACAACGCAACGCGACUAUCGCAAAACUAUAUCACGCAGGAGAACUUCCACUCAAUCCCAGACCUUAAGAUCGAAGAAGUCGGACGUCUGCGAUUCCGCGGGCGCUUCAAGGCCGGCACAGACCGCGACCACCUGCGCUUCGUCAGCGACAACGACUCCCGCGAAACCAUCGAGACCUGGGAAGCCUGUUUCGCGGAGGGCGUGCGCCAAGAAGAAGUUACUAAAGUACUACCCCCCGCCGUCCAGAAACUGCACGAGGACUCCCUAACCAAAGACCGCGAUGUCCUCGCCACAGUCCCUGAGGAAGAGCGGCGCAAGUGGCUCGCGAGAGACGGCACAGACUGGACCGGUGCUUUCGGCCAGGAUCCCGCGGCCAUAAUGACCGGUCGCGACGGCAGCGACGAGACGGAAUACGAAACCGACGCGACCUCGGAGGACAUGCCAGACACGCCAGACAUCCCCGACACAACCGACGAAGCAACCCCCAUGCCCCUCUCCACCAACCCCAUCGCCUCCGCCGAGCUCCUCCACAGAAAAACCGACCUAGGCAUACAAGACGCAACAACUGCGUCCCCCCGCGCCAGCGACGACAUAUCCGACCGACCUAGCACCAGCACCAGCAGCAUCGCAAGCCAGAGCACGACGGAAUCGGGGCGUAGCAGGGCCAGUCGGAACCCGAUUACCCAGUACAAGGAGUACCGGGACCGGAGCCGGGAUUUACAUCGGCAGCACCGGGGGCUGAUGCAGUGGCGGCCGUUGCGCAAUGCGCAGUUUGCCAAGGACGAGGCUAAGUUUGCGGUUAGGAGGGUUACGAGGAUGGGGGCGUUGAGUGGACGGCAGCCGGAUGUUGAGACGGAGGUUUGAGGUUUGAGGUUUGAGGUGUAGAUGUAUUGUUUUCUUUUGUUAUUGGGGGAUGAUGGUUUAGGGAAUGAGGGAAUGAGGGACCUUGAAAGGAGAUGGAGACACGAAGUCGAAAAUAAAGUCAUUAAGAUAUACUGUUACAUCAUUUGAUGCUAUGGAUGGUGAUUUCUACGAGCGGUUGGAUGACCAUUCAUUAGUAUCAUUGAUGGUAUACAAUUCAACUAGUACGAGUUGUAAUGAGUUUCACGAUACACGUCUCGGAGAUGGUAAGAGAUAUAGAGGUAGCUACCUAGAUCUAGAGGGCAGCGAAGACACAAUUGCAAACCAUUUCAAAGACUAAAAC